AUGGUGAAUCUAAAAGAAUGGGACAUGAUGGGGAAAAGAACUCUCAAGACACUGGACUUGUCUCGUGAAGAGGAUAGUGAUAUCAAACCUCUGGCUCAACUACCUGAGGAAGUUUUUGAGCUUAAGGAAUUGGAGGCUUUGGAUUUGACGAACAACAAGAACAUUGAUCUCUCCAAUCAGCUGAUCAAACUCACCAAUCUAAAAGUGCUGAGCUUACGCGGAUGUAACCUUACCAGAGUCCCCGCUGCCGUGAUGAAACUUCCGCAGUUAGAAAUGCUGAUCCUCAGUAACAACGGGGGCAUCACCCUGCCGGAUGACAUGUCUGGUCUCACCAACCUCACGGUCCUGCACUUAGACAGCUGUAACCUGCACACCCUACCGCCUGUAGUGCUGAAACUAACAAACCUACAGGUGCUGGAUAUAAGUGCGGACUGGAAUUCAAUACAAGUAUUCCAAUUCUCCCUACCAGAUGAGUUGUGUAGAUUGAACAAGUUGAAAGUGUUGAGACUAUGUUACCGUCACCUGGACACCGUUCCCCCGGCAGUACUAAAACUCCCCCAGUUGGAGGAACUGGAUCUCAGCGGGAACAGCGGGAUCCACCUGCCGGAUGGGCUGACCGGACUCACCAACCUCCUGGUACUGAAACUACGGGACACAGACAUGGAGACAGUUCCCCUGGCAGUACUGAAACUCCCCCAGCUGGAGGAACUUGAUCUCGAGAGAACAGGCAUGGAGACGUUACCCGCGGAAAUCGGACAGCUCACUAACGUCACACACUUGGAUCUCUCCUGGUGCGAGCUGCGCACACUCCCACCUGAAGUGGGGAGACUGACACAGUUAGAAUGGCUGAACCUGAGUCAUAACAAACUACAGACGUUACCCGCGGAAAUUGGACAGCUCGCUAACGUCAAACACUUGGAUCUGUCCUGGUGCGAGCUGCGAACAUUCCCACCUGACGUGGGGAGACUGACACAGUUAGAAUGGCUGGACCUGAGCGUUAACGAACUACAGACGUUAACCGCGGAAAUCGGACAGAUCACUAAUGUCAAACACUUGGAUCUGUCCAACUGCAAGCUGCGCACAAUCCCACCUGAAGUGGGGAGACUGACACAGUUAGAAUGGCUGAACCUGAGCCGUAACCAACUACAGACGUUACCCGCGGAAAUCGGACAGCUCACUAACAUCAAACGCUUGGAUCUCUCGGGAAACCCACUAAUAAAACCACCAUAUGAAGUUUGCCGUCAGGGGAUCGCUGCUAUCAAACAGUACUUUGAGGAACUUGGACGUUCGGAAGAAAAGACAAGUGCUCAUUUGAAAGUUGUCAUCUUGGGAGAGAAAAUGGCGGGAAAAACAAGCCUGAUACGGACGCUAGACAGUGGCAAAUCCACCCUGACAGAAGUAGAGGACCGCACACACUGUGUAGAGAUAACUCAGUGGACACCUGAUGACAACAUCACGUUUGAAGUAUAUGACUUUGGCGGCCAUGACGUGUACCAUCUCACUCAUCAGUUUUUUCUGACUCCAGAUGCGUUUUACCUGUUAUUAGUGAACCUACAGACAUACAGCUGCAGUGAAGAGAGAUACAGAAAAGCCGUGGGGUUCUGGUUGGACACACUGACUGCCCGCGUGCCGGGGGCGGUGGUUACAAUAGUGGGUAGCAAGAUGGACAUGUGCAGUGAGGCAGAAAUGAGUAAGAAAAUUAAGGAUAUCGAAGAAAGGUUUCAGCAGCAGAUUGACACAUGUAAAAGUAAUACAGAGCGCCAAAUAAAGAAACUCAACACAAGGGAGGCCAAAAGCAAGGAGGAAAAAUGGGAAAUAGAGCGGAAGUUAGAACGCGCACGAAGCCUCCUGAGUAACCAAAUGCGACUGAUCGGAACGUACUGCUUGAGUUCGGCAGAACCAACAUCUGGGUUGGACACGCUAAGGAAUCACAUACUUGAAUCAGCGAGUGACACUGGUCUGUUUCCUACGCUUAAAAAGAUCCUCCCACGAACAUGGGUGGAGUUUGAACAGAAGAUGCUGGAGCUACCUGACAGAGACGCGUCAGCUCUGUUGCUUCAAAAUGACAAGAAACCAACGUGGUUGACGCGAACCGACUGUUUGCAGCAAGGGCAGCUUGCAGGUCUGACGGCGGACAGACUGGAGCCAGUCCUGUCUUACCUGCAGCAGGUGGGAACCAUCCUCAGGUACACGGGCAUACCGGAACUCAAGGACUACGUCUUCCAUGAUCCUCCCGCCUUGAUUGAAAUCUUCAAGGAUCUGUUCCAUCACAAUGUCGAGCAACUUUUCAAAACACCCGGACUAACGAAUGGUGAUUAUACUGGCACACAGCUUGAGGGUUUUCAAAGGGAACUUCAGAAGCGUGGACUGAUCCGGAAGGACGUAAUGACAUGUUUGUUGCCAUCUGACAUCAAUUCUGACAUUGUUACUGCACUGAUGCAGCAUUUCGGCUUAUGUUUUGAGAUCAUUAUACAAGACAAAACAGACCCUUUCAAGCACACUUAUUGGUACAGAAUACCUUGGUACUUGCAAGAAGAAAAGCCUCAGAAUUUGAAGAGCGUCUGGCCAGAUGACGUACCAGAAGAUCAGGAACAGCUGCAGCUGAUGUGCAACAUCAGAGGAUUCUGUCCCCGGGGAUUGUUUCAGAGGUUCAGUGUUAGGAUCCAUCAACGGAUCAAGGACAGCCUGAGGGUAGACUGGAAAGAUGGAGUCAUGGCCUACAGGCGAGACUACUCCGUACUAGUGUGUUCCAAACCUGUUGAACGCGAUAUGUACAUCACCAUGGCAACCAGAGGCAGACUUGCCCAGGCAGAUGAGAUGUGGGGCGUGGUCUACCCACUGCUGAACGUUCUGGAACAGCUGCUGCAGGAGUGGCCAGGUGUGAUGUACUCCCUCCAUGUCACCUGUGCGCACUGCAUCAAGGCAGGACUGGACAGGCCGCACCAGCACGAACUGAGGGACCGGACUGCAGAGGACCAACCUGAAGUCUGGUGUGAGGAGGUCGACUUUGCAUCGACGUCAGCAGACCUGGUGUACAGACCAGCCAGAUUAUCCGUACGUUCCCCUCAACCUAAAAGACCCCAGGACGACGAUGUGCCCGGAAGCCCACUAGAGAAGGAAGGUGGAAAAGAUGAAGUUGCUGAGACGUCCGGAGGGAAGCAUAUCAGACUUCAUGCACACGUUUGCUUUUGCUUUCCUACAGGCCCCAGAUUACCGGUAAUCUUGUUGAUCAACGACGAGUAUGGGACUUCCAAGGGAGGAAUUUCUACCAUCAACUGCCAGGUGAGCCAAACCCCGAAGGGCAAGGCAGCCGUGUAUUGCACAGUCCUGCGUGUGCCCCCAAAAGACCAGGAGGCAGCAGACAGAGACGGCGUGAAGCUGAUCACACCCUAUCGAUCAGAAGGGGACACGAGAGCGCCACCCAUAAACUGGCUGACCUUUGACUUCAAGAGCCACUACCCAAACCUACCACCACAUGUUGACGUCAUCGUCGGCCACGCUGACAUCACAGAUACGGCAGCGAGAAACAUCCACAACGCGUACUACAAGGACAAGGCAGACCUCAUCAUGUUCACCCACGUCAUACCUGAGGAUACAGAUUUCUACAAGGGAGGUCGGAAGGCCAUGAAAUCUUGGGAGAAAGAGAAGGACAUGAUUGAUAAAGUUGAUAAGGCAAAGGCAGCUUUCUCUGUAGGUGGGCGGAUCUUUGAUCACUUUGAAAACCUGUACAGGGGAGGGAAGAAACCACAAAGUCACAAGAUCUUCCUCCCAAAGCCAUCUGAGCUGUUCCUGGCUAAAGAUGUACAACCUGGGGGACGACAGAAGGUCGUCCUGUCCAUCGGCAGGGUAAGGAAGGUGGAGAAGCUGAAAGGUCAUGACCUCGUGGGAGAGUCCAUGAGGGAUGUGGUAAAGAAGGUCGCAAACAUGCGGUGGUGGGUCCGCGGCAUCAGUGAGGAUGACUUUGAGACAAGCCAGAAGAUCCUGGAAGACGCCCUGAACAGUCCCGACCUGAACCCCACCCUGCGGUCGUACGGGACCCAGGAUGACAUCAGGGACGACAUGAUGACAGCCCACCUGGUCCUGAUGCCGUCCCGCUCCGAGCCGUUCGGGCUAGUCGGCCUGGAGGCCAUUGCCGCCGGCAUCCCCGUUCUCAUCUCCAACCAAACCGGCCUGGCAGAGAUGAUCACCGACCUGAUUGAUCAGGGGAAACUCAGCCCAGAGCACAGACAUGUCAUCGUGAAGACCAGCGUGAACGACCGCUAUCGUACCGCAGACAUAAAGAGGUGGGCUGACCGAAUCGUGGACAUCCUCGAGCACAGCGACUCGGAGUUCGAGAAAGCCGCCAGGUUCAAGCGGGAACUGGAAAAUUCAAGGUAUUGGGAGGACUCCCACAAUGCCUUCCUGCAGGCCUGCGGCAUCACGACAGGUAAUCCCGAGUAUGCAAAUGAGUACAUCAUAUAUGCGAAAAGUUCGGAUCAACUCGAAAGAUCCCAGGACCACGGUGCUCCUAAAGAGAAGUUGGAUGAUGUGAAAGAUGAAGUUGUUGAGAUGUCAGAAGACUCACAGCAACAGGGAGCAGCAAGUGGACUUCAGUCGGAAAAGGCAAGAAACCAUGCCUUUGAGGUCAUCCGUACUGCAAACCAGCAGUACCAAGGAGUCGACUUCUUCGCCAUCGAGGCGAAGUUGCCAGCUGACGGCCUGUCUGCCACUUCCGAGUGGUGCAGGGAUUACCAGAACCUGUGUGCUGAGUACGGACUGAGGCCGACGGGAUGUGGAGCGGACCAGACAGGCCCCAACUAUAGGGGGUGCGUGACUGAGUACAACUCUGACCCCUACAUCAACAGCGUGCUCAGCUGUCCCCCGGCCGAGGGUGUAGCUGAGGUGGCGAACUUGACUUUCUCAGCCGAGGCUACAGCGGACAGAAGUUUCGGCUUUCACAAAUGUAACAGGUACUGCCAACCAGGGAUAUACGAGAAUGAUCUGAGUCUGACCUACACAUCAGCAGCCUUUGGCUCAGACGGGAGCGGUGACAGGAUUGUGUACACCGUGUGCGCAGGCUCAGCAGGUUGUUGA